ACCACGCCGAAUUGGUACCAGUGCAACAGUGGCCCCAUCACCUUCUUCAAUGCAACGCCUUUUGAUCAAAGUGGUAAAUACGAGUAUCCCGUCCAUUUGAGCAAAGCUCUGAUUAUCAAGUCCGACAUCAACAACCCGAAGACGUCAUAUGGAUCACCUGGUCUGAAACAGACAACAAACAUCUGGAGUUGGACCACAACGUGCAGCUGGAGCUCUGUCCCCACUUUCGGAAUGCUGAAGAACCUGGAUGCCUGCACUAACGGCAUUCCCAUGCCCAAUCAAGACUGGACGUCAAGAAUUGGACAUGGUCAUGGACUUCUCACCGUACGGAGCCAUCAUUUCACUGCUCAAGGACGACGCUCCGUAUCAGCUUCAGAUGAUUUUACAUGA